CACGUUGAGAGCACACAGCCGUUUGCUCUGCCAUAUCAGAGCAACACUGACUAGUUUCCUGCCGCCCUGGUGGCUGAUGGUAUGUAAAUCACACAGAUGUAGGAACAACAGGGAAGUGAGAGCCACUCUCUGUGUGUCUACAGCCAGCAGAGCAGAUAAAAACAGUUCACACUCCUCUUUGUACCAACUUUGCUGAAGCCAAUCAGACUUUGAUUGAAGCAACAGGUAGUUAAUGUGUAACAGCGUCAGUGUUAGGUAGCUCACAGCUCCGUGUGUGACGCAGUCACAAGACCAACAGCGGUGAAAACCAGGACUCUUGUGGGGAUUUGGUGUGUUUGUGUAUGAAGCUCAGCUGCAUUUUUUUUUGGUUGUGAGGAACAAAGACCACUGCCAUGACUGACACAGGCUCCCAGUUGCCAACAUCUGACCCGCCCAACAGACUUGACCAUGUGCAAGGUCAGGUUAAUGAGGUUAAAGUCAUUUUGAAAGACAACAUCAAUAAAGUGCUGGACAGAGGGGACCGAUUAGACGAACUGAUUGAGAAGUCGGGCGACCUACAGGCCACGGCCGACUCGUUCCAAAGAACAUCUACACGUGUGGCAAGAAAAUAUUGGUGGAAAAAUGUUAAACUAAUGAUUAUAAUUGGAAUAGUCGUGCUGAUCAUCGUUAUCCUCAUCAUCCUCCUCGCAACUGGGACAAUUUAACUAUUCACCAACCACCGGGGUCUGAAGGCAAUGACAACAGAGGAUAAAAUUCAGUGAUGGAGAAAACUUUGACGCAGCUUUUAAUGAGUCCGCAUUUCAACUUUUAUAUUGUAAGAUCAGAAUAACUGUAAAUGUCAUUUGAAAAUAUUAAUUUUUAUAAAUAAACUGUAUAUAUUAGGGCUGUUAACUGAUUAAUUACAGGGUAGCUGUAGAUUAAUCAUGAUUGAGGUAAAAUAACACUCAACAAAAUACAACAAAAAUGUAUUUUAAAAAAAUCCAGAACAGAAGGACAAAUAGCAGCAGGUGGAUGUAUGUGUUUCACACCUGUUUUUAAUGGUGACUAAACCAAAUGAUGGAACUGUUGAUGGAAAAAUGCACUAUUUCUAAGUCAAUUCCAUUUUACAAAUUAGGGAAUGCAUUCAACAUAUUUAGUAUUUUUACCAGCCCUAGUAUAUACAUAUGUAUUUAUAUAUUUAUACUUACAUACUGUAUGCAUGUAUAAAACAUAUUUGAAUUAAUUUUUUGGGUCAAGAAAGAUUUCCUCAAACACUCCAAACUUCUGAACAUAAAACCAGUGAAUCACAACAACUAUAUGUUAAUUACAUUUAUUUGUUGCAUUUCUUCAUGUCCAAUACGCUGUAUAUAUUCUGUAUGUUUAUGAAUGUAAAAUUCUUGUAACGUGUAAUGUGUGAGUGAUGAGUACAAUCAGCGGAUACAUUAUAACAAUGUUUUUUUUUUUUCACUUCCACAAAACUGAUUAUAUACUCGACCUGUGUGAAAACCCAAUCUCACAAACGUAUAUAAUAAAAUUAAAUUUA